GUAAUGACCGUUUGUGUUUGACCAUGCAGGGGAGGGGGAUAACGUUGCUUUGCUUGCUGGCUCAUUUGCUAGAAAAGCUACACGGCGAUAGUAGCGGAGCUAAGCUCACUCUCUGCGGUAUAACCUCGAGACCAAGUCGGGACAAGACCAGUCUCAGGGCUCACCAUACUCAAUGAGCGGACAGCGCAAUGUCAGAGCGCUCUGGGCAAACUGCAAAGGGGAAGGAAGGCAAAACCAAGUAUGCGUCUCUCAACCUGUUUGAUACAUACAAAGGAAAGAGCCUUGAAACACAAAAGCCUGUUGUUCCCCCUCGCCAUGGCCUACAGUCACUUGGUAAAGUUGCCUCCGCACGGCGUAUGCCACCCCCUGCUAACCUGCCCAGUCUGAAGGCAGAGAACAAAGGCAACGACCCAAACGUCUCGCUCGUUCCCAAAGACGGCACAGGAUGGGCAAGCAAACCGGAACAAGCGGACCCAAAGAGUACCGAUGCGUUGUCAGCACCGCAGCCGGAAUCGCAGCAGCCUGUGGCUUCACAGAUACCUGCACCGACCCGCCCGAGAACACCUCCAGCUCCAGAGGUUCUGGCCCCAGCUUCAACCCAGGCCGUAGGGGCAAGGUCCUGGGCACCGGCCAGUGUUACACAUGGAACACCAGGAGAUGGUGGAAAGGGAUCAAACCUACCGUCGCCAUUCUCUCGCGAGGAAUUUCCCACCCUGCAGGCGGCUGGCGACCAGGACAAAGCUGGCAAAGAACAGGGCACUGCAGAUCAGUGGUAUGGGCCAGGACCAAGCCUCCGCCCCCAGAACGUUACAAGUUGGCGGGAUGGUGGGGGCCGAGCACUGGCACCCACCCUGGCCGGGGAGGGGGCGGCGGAGGGUGGCAGUGGUGGGACUUUGGUGAUGGAUGGGGCAGCUGGGAUCCCCACUCCGAAUUCCCAGUCUCAUGGGCCACCUAGAAACCCUCCUGCAGGCAGCCCUGCCUUGCCUUUGCCCCAGCCCCCAGUAGGGCCAGGCUUUCCCGCAUACAGAGGGAUAAUUCCUCCCUUUAUGUAUCCUCCAUAUCUUCCCUUCCCGGGCCCCUAUGGACCUCAAGGGCCCUACAGGUUUCCGCCACCUGGGGAUGGGCAUGCUCCAAGGUUUUCUCGUGGGCAAAGUGGUCCUGACAGCAGGCAGGGUGGCCCACGUGACACAGGUGGAGAGGUGGUGAAGCGACCCUCUAUCCUGAAGCAAGAUGACCUGAAGGAGCUUGAUGAGCUGGACCAUGAUGGAGAUGAAGGCUGGGCAGGGGCUCAUGAGGAGAUUGACUACUCCGCUAAGUUGAAGUUCAGUGAUGAUGAAGGAGAGGAGGAGGCAGAAGAGGAGACGGAUGAGAAAGACUCAAGUGAACAGGCACAGGAAAUCCCCCCUGCACCCUCUCGUUCUCGAGCUUCAGACAGUGGUGGAGAGACCUGUCGCACUCCUCCAUCUAAUGCUGACAAUGGCCCCCAAACUUCCUCCGGCAAGCCAGGAUGGGCCGAGGAGGGAGGCAAUGGAUGGGGUGGCCAGGGAGCAUCACCCAACUACCAGGGGCGCAGGCCUGGACUGGGUGGUCCCCGGGAGCAGCCCUCCCCACCACCUGGGCCGCUCCUUGGACAAGGGCCCUACUCCUUUUAUCGACAGGACCGGCCCCAAAACCAGGGUGCACCUGUAGGCCCUGGUAAACCCGGAACCCAGCAUCAGCCUGCCACAGGAGCCUCUACAGCUCAUUCUCAGCCAGGUUUGCUGGCACAUGGGACCCAAGGAGAAGAUGAAGAUGAAACCUGGCGUCAGCGAAGGAAGCAGUCUUCUACCGAGAUUUCUGUUGCUGUGGAGCGAGCACGCCGGCGACGUGAAGAAGAAGAGCGCAGAAUGGAGGAGGAGAGACGUGCGGCCUGUGCUGAGAAAUUGAAGAGGCUGGAUGAGAAGCAGCAACAGCAGCAGACAAGCUGCAGCAGCACAGGAGGAGCAGGCAGCAGCAGUAAAACCCCAAGUCUUGAUGGAAAUUCAACAGUUGCCACAGCAGGCAGCCCGAGUCCAUCACUUUCAGCGUCUGCGUCCUCCCCCAACAUCAGCCAACCCCCUUCACCUUGUGUAGAUCCUGAGGAGCCUCCAGCGCUGGCUUUCCAGCCAGGAUCAAGUCCGGGAGUUACAGACAGACAGCGAGCCAGUAGCAACAGCAGCUAUGACUCCACUGCAGAUAUCCAACAGAGUCCCCAACCAGCUGUGCCACAGCCAAUGCAGCCCCCGCUUGAUGUUCCCGUGCCAGUAGAGAGUAAGGAAGAGACUGUGAGCACACCACACGUCCGUGCAGGAAGUGGAAGCGAAAGGGUACUUGACACAGUAAAGAUAGAGACCGUCGGAGGAACAACAGGUCGUCAAGUGGGUGGUCCAAUAAGUCAAGGCUACUCAAAGUACCAGAAGUCUCUUCCACCUCGGUUUCAGCGACAGCAGCAGGAGCAGCUCCUUAAGCAGCAGCAGCAGUGGCAGCAACAGCAACAGCAGCAGCAUAGCCAGUCUUCACAAAGCCAGCUGUCUCCUCAGCCCCAGCCUCCACAGGGACCUUCACCAGGUUCAACAGCCCAGCCAGGACCUGGACCCAAGCAGGCAGGACCCAUAUACCAGCCUGGCAGCAUGGUACGGCCGCCGCCCCUUACAAUGAAUUUUGAUCCUCGCUGGAUGAUGAUGCCCUAUAUGGACCCACGCAUGAUGCAAGGGCGCCCUCCACCAAUGGACUACUAUUCUGCUGGAAUGCACCCAUCGGGGCUCAUUGGGCGUGAGAGAUCUGAUUCAGGAGGUUCUGGUUCAGACCCAUUUGACAGACAGCAGCAGCAACAUCCUGGGCAUCCUCAUCGUGGAACCCCUCCUAUGGAUCCUAAGCUGGCGUGGGGACCAGAGGUAUUUCCUGGAGGAGCGGAGGGCCGAGGACUAACCUCCCCUCUGAGGCAGAAACAGGCAAUAGAGGAAGAGGAUGUUGCCAAAGGGCCCAGGAGUGACACACCUCCACACCGCAUGAGAGAUGGUGGUUUAGGAGCCAUCCAACAACCUAGCCCGAGCACUGGGACAUCCAAUCAGACCCCUCCUCCUCCUGUUGGAACCCAAGGAGGCAGCCACCACCCUCAUCACUACAUUGGUGCUCGGGGCAACUACAGCAACUUUCCUGAUCAGGGGGCUAGAAUGCCCCCCCAUCAGCAGCCACAGAGAGUAGGUGAGAGGGGAAACCAGCCCCAUGGCUUUACCCAUCAGGAUGAAGGGACCCCUCAAGGAUCUCAGCAAGGCCAGAUAUGGGCAGCACCUCACCCCCACUAUGAUCGCAAUGGCCGUACGGACCACCCUAGUGUUGAAAACACCCCUCAUCACCAUCACCCUCAGCAGCCUCACUUUCCUCUUCACCCACAUAAGUCAGAGAGCAGCCGUGACCAAGUUAUAGAGAGCACUGCUAAGAAAUCUGCCUCCUCUCCGCCACUCCACCAACCAUCUCUUUCAUCUUCCUGCUCUUCGUCCUCCUCCUCUUCUGCAAGGGAAGACGGCAAUGUCAAAGUUGCCCUGCACCACCACCAUCCUCAUCAUCCAUCUCAGAGACAGAGCGAGGCUGCUAGUGGGCGCAGCCAUGGUGACAGGAGCAACAGUGGUAAUGCUGGCAGUAGUGGUCAUGUAAAACAGGAAAAACAAGGCCCAGCUUAUGCUCCCCAUUCCACAGUGACUGCCACUACGCCUCCUGCUCAGCAAGGUGGCCACAGUCAGCAGCAGCACCAUCCCCAUCCUAAAUUAAACCAAAGAGGGGGACGGGAGCAUAAAACCGAGACCCAGUGGGGCCCAAGGCCUGGCAGCAGCAAUAUGGGAGGGAGUUCCUCUCAUGGAAGGAGGGCCCACAAUACAGGCAUUGGAAACAAUCGUGGAGGAGAAGACUCUUCCAACAUUCCAUCAGAUCACAAAUCCUCCAAUCAGACAGGGGGCGGCAGUGCCAACAGAAGGGCUGGCCCAAUCAAGAAGCCCGUGCUUAAAGAGAUAAAGAAAGAGGGAGGAGAAAAUGAUGGAGGAGAAAAGACAAAUUUGUCUGCAGGGAAAGAUAAGGAACACAAUGGAGGACAGCAGGCGUCCACAAAGCAAGAGGCUGCCGCAAACACCGGAAACGCAUCAGUUCCAACAAAAGACGAGUCUGUUCACACAGCCAAACCUAGAAAUGGAGGAAAAGAGCGGAGCCAAGGAAGGUCGGGUCGAGUGCCCAAAGAUGCAGACCCCAAUUCAUCAGGAUUUUCUGGAUCGAGAAGGGACAGAGACCGCUCCUUUGAACGAGGAGGAGGUUCCACCCACCACCAUGCAGUUCCUUCUAAAGGUAGAGGCAGUCGUGGACGUGGUGGAGAGUUCUAUGGACGUGGACGUGGUUACCGUGGAACGUACACAGCCAGUGCUGGGCCUGCUGGUGGUAGUCGAGGCAGAAUGGGUGGAAGAAGUGGAAGAGAUUACCGCUCAUCUGUUGGAGGUGGCGGCCAUCAACAAGAGUCCAAGGGUGAAGGGCCAGGUGGAAGACACGGCCCGGACAGAUCUCAGCAUAACCCAGCCAGGGCCAGGAACCGGAGCGAAACCCGUAGUGAGGGUUCAGAGUAUGAGGAAAUGCCCAAAAGAAGAAGGGAGAGAGGUUCAGAGACUGGCAGUGAAAGUGGAGCAAGUGACAUUGGUCACUCAGACAAGGAAGAGAACAAAAAAAACAACACAAAGAAUGGAUCUGAUAAUGUCAACACGGCUGGCAACAGCAACAUGUCUUCUGCACCAACCAGAGCUUCUCAGGCAAGGGUGUUCACUCCCAGAGGUGUUCCUUCAAGAAGGGGCAGAGGAGGAAGUAGUGGAGGAGGAAACAUUACAAGGGCCAGUGCCAAUAUUGGAGGAGCCCCCGGUGGACACAGAGUCGGCCCUGCCUCCCAUGGCGGUUCAUCUAAGUCGUCUGCCUCAAACCGGAGACAGCAAGGACCACCACAUACUUCUGGACACAGAGAUUCAGGCCGUGGAGGACAUGCUGGAGAGAAGAAAGACAAAAUGGCUGAUUUAGGACAAGGUCAAAUUCAGGGGAACAAUCCUCCUCAGCAGUCGGUACCUGCUGCAUCUCCUGCUGCUCUAGUUUCCUCUGAAAAUGGAGGUGUUGUGACCCAGCAAACUCCAAAUAACCCCAUGUCCAACUCUGGAGGGCACAAUGUGCUCCCUCUCUCUGCUAACCGUGGGUUUCCUCCCAGUGGGUUUGAGCGCCCCCCUAGGCGUCGCCGUCAUGGGCGUUCUCAGCACCAGCAGGAUAAGCCACCACGCUUUCGUAGACUGAAGGAGCGAGAGAAUGCUGCACGUAUAAAUGGAGGCGUUGGGGUUAUUGGUGGUGGAAGACCCUCCUCCCCAUCCCUGAAUGCAGUACAAGAGAGCAAUGGACCCCCUGUUUCUGCUCCGAUGACGGGCAAUGCCCAGAAUGCAAACCACAAUGCUGCAUUACCCACCAACAACAACAUUGGUGGAGGGCAUCUUGGUAAUACAAACAGUCACCACCUUCACCACUACAACCAGGGUAAUGCUGGAGCACCCCUCACCCAGCACCACCACAGCCAUGGAGCAAAGUCCCCUGACUUCACCAACCAGAACUCAGACCAGGCCAACGAGGAGUGGGAGACAGCCUCAGAGAGCAGCGACUUUACAGAGUUCAGAGACAGAGAGGGGGGCGGAGGAACAGGAACAGGAGGAGGAGGAGGAGGAGGGCACACUUACUCAUCUCACCACCACCACCACCACCUAGGAAGAGGAGGUGGAGGAGGUGGUAACAGUGGAGGUGGAGGCAUGGUUGAGCGCGAGAUGACUGGGAAAGAGCCCCUGGCGAAUAAAAGAAGCUUCUCCAGCCAGAGGCCGGGCAUGGAGCGACAGAAUCGCAGGGUCAACACCGGAGGUGGUGGCAGAGGUCCACGGGGCCCACCAGGUGGCACUGGUGGUCCCACAAAUGGAGGCGGCAACCGUGGGGAUAAGCGUGGCAACUGUUCUCCAAAAAAUAGGAAGUGAUGGGGGGGAAUUGAGAACAUUUCAGAUGUACCCCACCCACAUUAGGACCCACUCUCUUUGUCUUUGACCGUUUUUCAUGACUCAGUGUUAACACAUUGUAGAAUCCAUGGAGGCGGUUUUCAUGUUUACCUGAGCAGCCCCCCUACCUUCAACUUCACAUUUUCACAUCAAUCGGCUACCGACGGUAAAUCUGCCUCCCGUUCAGUCUGUUUUUCUGUUGAGUUUGUUCCCUGAUCUCAACUUGACCUUUCCUUCAAGAGUGUCACUCCCCGUUGGAUUUGCUAAGCAUGUUCUGAAAUGGAGGUGCAUGUCAUUUUGACAAAAGACAUUCUCACAGAUCUCCACACACACACACACACACACACACCGACACAAGCACAAAUACGGAAUCUUUUAAAAAGAACAUACCCAAGACAUGCAGACCUGUGGGUGCAAAAAGGAUUUAAAAAAUGUGGGAUUAAAUUGGCAAAUGUGUUUGGAUUGGGCUAUUUUUUUAUAUUUAUGUACCUGUGUGUAUUUAUAUCACACCUUGGCCUUGGGUUGUAUUCAAUAGUGCAGUUGUGCAUCACUUUCCACACCACAGGAAGAGUGUACAGCUUCACCUUUUAACAUGAACAAUGUAAAGAGGUUUGGUUUUGUUUCUUGUUUUUUUCUGAGUCAGUUGCGCUGCAGCCUCUGACUGAUGACAGGCGUUUGUGUUUUGUCUUCAGCAAAGCAGUCAUUAAAAAGCUUUUUAACAAAUCCACCAAAAUAUGUCUGAUAACUGUGACCAGACCCAUCAAAGUACUACUGCUCAGUGCUCAUCCAAACUUCAUUUCUUUUAUAUCGGUGUAUGUGCUGCUUGCAAUGAUUAACAGUGUGAUUAGGUUUUUUUUCCUCCCUGGUUCUGACCUGUUCGGACUUGUUCCUUAAUUGUGGGUGUUUCAUUUUUGCGGGAAACAUCACCCCCCCUCCACUUAAUCACCCCCCACCCCCACAAAACCUCAUCGUAGCAGCCUUUCAGCCUCUGAAUUUUCUCCACGUUGCAAAAACAUCUAAACCUUUUCCAAGGACUGUAGUUUUACACUCUUGUUUGAGGUUUGUUUACCCUAUAAAACUGUAAUCAUUGUGUGGUGGGUUUAUUUUGAAAACCAUUAUUUCCUCAGUAACUUUUUUUUCCUUUUUUUUUUAAUGGAAAUACCUUUUCCCUCCAUGAAAAUGAAUUACAUGUCUGUCUGGUUAGGGGGAAAUUAGUUUAAAGUUUGAAACAAUAGAUCAUGAUAGACUACAUUUAAAAAAGUCAUAUAAUUACGCUUCAGUAAAUAAUUCAUCAUGUUUCUAAUAAGCACUCCUUAGUGUAACAAAAACCCAUGGUUGCUGUUUGGUUCCUCUUUCUGCUUUGUGUUCAGUGUGGGGUUUUGUUUCUUUUUUUUUCCUUUUUUAAUGAAUACAACAGGACGGGUACUCUGUCUGGGCCCAGAGUACAGAGCUGACCUGAGUGUUGUACUUUUACAUCCCCACCCUCUGCGUGAGCUUUCGUGGAAGCUCCUCACACCACACAGGACUAUUUAACGGGAGCUCCUCGUCCGGGAAAAUGUGUCUCAGCCUGCGUUUUUGUUUUGUUUUGGUCUGUUUUUCCUGGGAAGAACUGCUUUCAGUACAAGGUGGCAACCAGUAGCUCAGAACUAAUCCAAAAUCUGGACAAUGCUGAGAAGGGUGAGAAGUGCAUCACCCGCUGCAGUUCACCACAGCUUUCCAAUUAACAGUGUCGUCCUGGACUGUUGAUGAGGAAAUGUCGGAACGAUGUAGGAUCCCUCUUGUAAAACAUAGUUCAAGUCAUGUGAAUGACAACAAAAAAAAAACAGACAACGUCCAGGGUUUGAUGAAAACUAUCACGCAUCUGUGUGAAUUCUGUCACUGCUGUAAGUUGGGGUUUGUUCGUUUACUGACAACAGUUUUCAAGAUCCGUCUCUGGGAUUUAGUGAAUUGGGCAUUUGUUUUUGUUUUUUUGAAUGGGUGCUUGUGCGUGAGUGUAUGUUGUGUAUGGCAUGUGUGUGCAGUAUGUGUGUAGUUUUCCAAGUUGUCAAGUGUAUUUACUAGUGGGGGGAGAAAAAGGGUGGGGACCAGAGGGUUUGUCAUGAAUGGUGAGCACUUUCUGCCUUGUUUGCCUCCCCCUUCCAAACUCCCAAAAACGUUGAUUUCAAACCAGUAAAAUUAUGAUAUUUUCCGCUAUUUCUUAAAUACAUCAAGGUAUAUACGUUCAGUUGUGUCUAUAGGUUUGUUGUACCAAUGAAUGAAUCACAGCAAAGAUGUCCUCCUUUCAGUCUUUUGCAAAAUCUAAGCAUAUUCAUCCUUCAAAGGGCAAACAAAGUAUUUUAUUUUUCACUGACUUAUUGAGCAUGAAAUCAACACACACAUUGGUGCAGCUUGCUAUGCCUGUUACUGGUUUAUACAUGAUGAUAGCUGUACACGUAACACUGGCUCAUAGAGUCCUUCAUCCCUCCUUAACUAAUAAUGUUGAUGUGCGCAUUAUUGUAUGUACCCAUGUUAAAAGGUAAAAAAAAAAAAAAAGAAAAGCAAAAGUAGUGUAUUCCAGUUUUAAAAAAAAGAAAAUAUUCAAAGAUUGUACUUUGUUUCCAGCAUUACUGAGGUACCUGGAGUGGUUCAAACUGUUUUUAGCAUUUAUGGCUUUAUUAUUGGAACUGUAAUAUACACACAUGUAUGUAUAUUGGUAUGUAUCUGAGUUUGUCUACCCCAACUUACAUUCCCACCAACAGAUGUUGCCAUUUUUAGUUCAAGGGAGCAAUGUACAAGCAGAGAAGUGUCUUAUUAUAAUAAAGUUAUACAGAGAAGGCAAAGUUAAAUAAACUACUUUUGAUUUAAUGGAAAA